AUGGGAUCGUCACCCUUCGAACGGUCAUCACGAUUGGUCAUUUCACGAAACUCGUCGUCGACCUUCUGGGCUAACACACGUCGGACUCUCCGAUAUGAAGUCCUCCCCGUUCAUCGAGACGAUGCAGUCGAAUCUGCCAUUCCCGCUUCAGAAGUUACCAAAGUUGCCCUCCGCCUCCGAUACCUUAUCGAACAGUGCGUACCAUGCGAACUAGAAGAAUUGCAAAUUACUCGGCCUCAUAGCAAGAUAAUUACACCUAAAGUUAUUAAAGCUGCAAAAGAGGCCGGAGGAUCGGAGAAUCGCUCAUGUGUAGUGUUCUGCCUCUUAGUUGUCAAACGUUGGUUUAAGCAUCAAGCCAUAGUUGAGCUUUGGGAUGCCGACCUGCAUCAAAUCCGAGCUAUCGCUUGCGAAGUCAUAGCGAAGCAGAUCAUCGAGUCCGAGGAUGAUAUACCUUAUCUGCUACAAUCGGUUCUGCUUAAGCGCUACUCCGUCGUCGUCGACGGCGAGGAUACCCCACCUGUUAACGUUAUCGAGAAAGCUGUCGAUCUUCAUGCCCUGCGUGUAAUUGCUUCUUCGGGCUAUCAGAAAUGUAUCAACUAUCUCUGGAGAGGUUGGCUUGUCCAGGAUGAGAAUGAUCCUGCCAGCUUCGUCGACUACAAGGAUCGCGACAAUACUACAUUCAUGCUUCAUUUGGAUCCCGACCGCAUGCGAGCACCCAUGUACCAGAACGCCUUCCAACUAAUCAUUUCUUUCGUUUACUUGGCUCUCUACACUGGUGCGAUCAACACCAUUAACCCUGAUGGUGAUCUGGACUUUGUCGAGAUUUUACUCUACGUUUUCACCUUUGGCUUCCUAUUUGAUGAAUUAGCAAAGUUCUAUAAAGCCGGAUACCAUAUUUUCAGCUUCUGGAACGCAUUCAACAAUGUCCUAUACUCGCUACUGAUGGUUUCACUCGCUAUGCGCAUAGUCGCCUUUACCCACCCACCAGAUGACGAUUCCCGUCAGAAAUUCAACCAGCUUUCGUACAACUUCCUCGCGUUUACGGCGCCUAUGUUCUGGAUCCGCCUACUGCUCUAUAUGGAUUCAUUCCGCUUCUUCGGUGCGAUGCUUGUUGUGCUAAAGGUGAUGAUGAAAGAAAGCAUGAUCUUCUUUGCUUUGCUAAUUGUUGUUGUUAUCGGUUUCUUGCAAGCUUUCAUUGGCAUGGAUUAUGCGGACGACAUGACAGGAGAAGAUACGAUUUUUAUUCUACAGGCCAUGGCUAAUGCUAUCAUGCAAAGCCCGGAUUUCAGCGGGUUUGAACGUUUUAGCCCGCCGUUUGGAAUCAUUCUCUACUAUCUCUUUACAUUCGUCGUCAUGGUCAUCUUGCUAAAUGUAUUAAUUGCACUUUACAACAGUGCCUACGAGGAUAUAUACGAUAACGCUGACGAUGAGUUUCUGGCACUAUUUUCUCAGAAGACCAUGCAGUUCGUGCGUGCACCGGACGAGAAUGUUUUUAUCGCCCCGUUCAACUUGAUUGAAAUAUUCCUCUUGAUCAUUCCUUUUGAGUGGUGGAUGCCCAAGAAUCAGUACGAACGUCUUAAUGACAUUGUAAUGGGAAUAAUAUACUCCCCCUUACUCUUCUGCUCUGCCUUGUUCGAAGUCAGGGCAGCUAAGGAUAUCCGUCGAAAUAGGAGGAGGGGUGAGGAAGAUGAUGAUACCGAAGAGGAAUGGGAGCAGAUGGCGAACGAUAUUGACUUCGAAAGCGAGGGCUGGGCAAAGAAGGUUGCUGGUAGCAAACCUAACAUCGAAGAGGAUCCUACCAUGACAGAGGUCAAGAAGCUGAGAGAGGACAUUGAGCAACUCAAGGCAUUGCUGGAAAAAUUUAGCAAGAACGUCGAUGACAAGGUUGGAGGUGAUGGUUUACUUUGA